AUGGCUGAUGCUUGUUCGGAUCCAUCAUCGAAUGACUGCGAUCCCGCUGUAGGGGUGUGUUUAAAUAAUGGAACAUCUUAUUACUGCGACUGCCAACCAACUUACUUGCUUCAAAGUGACGGCCACACGUGUAUUGCGGACCCUUGCGCCAAUUCGUCUUUGAACAACUGUGACCAACAACACGGGAACUGCACAACUCGAGGUACAAGUUACGACUGCGCGUGUGAAGUGAAUUACAUUCUUCAAGACGAUGGGCAUUCGUGCAUAGUCGAUCCUUGUUCGAAUUCGACUCUCAACAUCUGUGACAAGAAUCAUGGCCUUUGUAUAUCUAACGGAACGGAUUACGUGUGCGCAUGUCAUAACGGAUACGUACUGCAGUCGGAUGGAGUCACGUGCUCAGACAUUGAUGUUUGUGCUAAUUCAACUCUAAAUGACUGUGAUGACCUGAGAGGAUUCUGCGUCAGGAAUGGCACAGGCUAUUACUGUGGCUGCAAUCCCCCAUUCCGCCUCAAAUCUGACAAAAAGCAGUGUAUAUCACAACCUCAGUCCAAGACAUAUGAACUGGUUAGCGGUAGUGACGCGUGCCUUCAAGGGGAAUUGAGACAAUUCACCAGUCACAGCUUACUUCGAUGUGCCAACGCCUGUCUCGGAGUCACGUCUUGUACCGGUUACCAUUUCGACUCUGAUGCUGGCGGCAUAUGUGCCUUUGAAACUGGCAGCUCUGACGCUGAAGAAACUUGUUAUGUGACCGGUAAUACCUACGUCAUACCAUCAACCUAAAGACACUGAACAAUCUUCGAAAUAUGCCAGUUUAUUCAGACAUUUGUAUUAUACAAUGCACAUUCGUGUUUAGAAUUAACGCAAUAAGUGAUAUCUUACUGACAUACAGUACCAUUAUGACGUCACAAACAUACGUUGUAGAUGUAAAUAGUUAGAAUUGGAUGAUAUAGAUUCGUAUGUUGUUUACAAUGUGGAUUAGGUUAUAUUAUACAAUAUCAUAUCAUAUAUAAUAUCAUAUUAUCAUUGUGCAUACUAUAUUAAAGGACAAUAUAAAUUUUAAAAGAAUUCCACUUUUCCUAAUACAAUGUAUCGAUGACAAUGGUCAUGUAAUAAUAAUUAUACUAACUUUCAUUUAUAAAGCGCUUUUUACUGGUGUCUCACAGACCAUUAAUCUACUGAAACAUGUAU